AUGUUGCUCAAUAUUUAUUUAUUUUGCUUCUUGUUCUUUGGAUAUUUGAUUGUAGCAUUCUGCCAAUGUCCUUCACAGUGCAGCUGUACCUUUCGCAAUCGUAGUGAUGGCCUCAAGACAAGAACUGUUCUGUGUAACAACCCAGAAAUGACAUCGAUACCGAACAACAUCCCGACUGAAACAUUAAAGCUGGUGAUUGAAAAGACACCCAUCAGGCGAGUUUCAACCCAAGCGUUUUCCUCGCUCUCCAGUUUGGAGUAUCUUUGGUUGUCUUGUAACUCCAUCAGCAAUUUCAAUGGGCAGAGUUUGCAGGAUAUGGUGACUUUACGAGAGCUCCGGCUGGAUGGCAAUGCCCUCUCAUCCUUCCCGUGGGAAGCACUCUCCUACAUUCCACAACUUCGGCUGCUUGAUUUGCAUGGUAACAGACUCCGUUCAUUCCCCAUCCAGGCAAUUGCUCACAUCAGAAACAUCACCUACCUGGAUUUAUCAAGUAACAGGCUGACCACAAUCUCAUCAGAGACGAUUUUAACAUGGCUGAGUCCUCCGUUACUAGCCAAUCCAAAUUCACCAACUGACAAUUCCAAACUUAUCAUUGGCCUACAAGACAAUCCUUGGCAAUGUGACUGCAGACUCUCAGAGCUGGUGCAUUUUUCUAAAAUCUACAACCCAUCUGUAGCAUUCAUCGAUUCUCGAUUGGUAUGUUCAGGGCCAGAAAACCUCUCGGGAUCUCUCUUUAGUGAUACGAAGCUGAGAAAGUGCCAGAGUCCAGUUGUUCACACCUUCAAAGCUAAGAUGAUCACAACUGUGGGGAGCACCGUGUCACUUCGGUGUGAAACAAAGGGUAACCCCAUUCCUGAACUCAGCUGGAGCAGACAAAAUGGGGGCCAGCUGAAUGGAACAGUGAUCCAGGACGAUUCUGACCAGGAACUAAGGUGGUCUACACUCAGUCUAGCCUCAUCAUCUUAUGAAGACUCUGGAAAAUAUGUAUGUAGUGCCAGGAAUUUGGUAGGGAGUUCAAAUGCUUCUGUUUCCCUUCUCGUAAUAGAUUCUGUCAGUACAUCGGUACCGAUGACUAGUAGCGUACCCAAACAAAUCAAGGCCAGAAAAAUGAAAAUUCAAAGGGCAGCAGUGCGAAAUCGAAAGCUUAUGGUCAGAUAUAUAGACACAGGGACAUCCACCAUGACCCCAACUGGGCACAACCCUUCUGCUUACAUUGAUGUACAGAGUUAUAAAAUCACUCGAAAUGAGGAUUCAUCUGGGAUUAUUGCCCCGAAGGUGAAUUCGCUGCCUAAUGAAUUAAUGGAAGAUCGAAGAAGUAUUGAUGACCCCAAUAAUAUGACAUCCAACCCAAUUUCCACGCAACAGGAGCCAGAACGCAUAGUCAGAUCUGUUAGGGUGAUAGGAGACACUUAUCAUACUGUUACUUUGGCUUGGAGAUCACCAAAGGCUACAAACAUCACAACUUUUAGCAUCCUUUAUGCUAUAUUUGGGGAAAAAGACAUGCGAAGAAUCAAUGUUGGCCCUGGAAAGACCAAAAUAACCAUUGAUGGCUUAAUGCCACAGACCAAAUACAUCGCCUGUGUUUGCGUCAAAGGAUUAAUCCCCAAGAAAAAGCAGUGUGUGAUCUUUUCUACAGAUGAAGCAGCUAAUGCCAGUGGGACUCAGAAGCUGAUUAAUGUGGUGGUUAUCACAGUAGCAUGUGUGAUUGCAGUGCCUCUCACCCUCAUCGUCUGCUGUGGGGCUCUGAAGAGGCGUUUCAGGAAGUUUCUGAUGAAAGCCCAGAAAGAGGAGUACCAAAAUGAUUCAUAUGUUACUUUUGAAAGCCUAGCAUCGGGGCCAAAGCCCAAUGGCACAGAGGUAGAAGAGUACCUUGCCAGGCACAACGAGUCCAAUAGGCUUCUCUCACCACGAUCCAGUUCAGAUUCUGAAGAAACAACCAAAAGCGAACCACAGCAAAAUGAAUAUUUCUGCUGA